AUGCGACCCGUGUACCAGGAGAACCAGGGUACUGUAGGUGGUCGGAUGUUCCCGCCUCGACAGCCUCCUGCUGCAGCUGCACACACACAGAGCAGUGGGGGGGGUUUCUCCGGUCGCUCCGGUUUCCUACGACGGUCCAACAACUCCAAAAGCACCAGGACAGCCUCCACCAGCACCAGCGCACACCACCAGCAACCCAACGCCAACUUCGCCAACUACCAGAACUGUACCAUCGUGCGCUCCCACUCCCCACACGCCAACUACGGCUACGUGAAGGCGGCGCCCAAGAUCCUCAUAUUCCCCAUCUUUGUGCAGCCGAUCGACCUCUGCAGCCGCAACCUGAUCAUAUCUGAGGAGAUGGUUCUACACGAGAGUCAGCUACACUCUCUGAAGGUGACAGUGUUUGUCUACAAUGACCUGAUGUUAGUGACCAGAGAGGAUGAGCCCGGCAGGUGCAACGUCCUCCAGAGUCCUCUGUUCCUGCGGCACCUGCGCCUUCAGGACGAUUACGUCGAAGAACUGAGAUUCUACCUGAUCCACAUGACAGAGGUCUCAGCUCCUCUCGAGUCCCCGAGGUCUCAGCUCCUCUCGAGUCCCCGAGGUCUCAGCUCCUCUCGAGUCCCCGAGGUCUCAGCUCCUCUCGAGUCCCCGAGGUCUCAGCUCCUCUCGAGUCCCCGAGGUCUCAGCUCCUCUCGAGUCCCCGAGGUCUCAGCUCCUCUCGAGUCCCCGAGGUCUCAGCUCCUCUCGAGUCCCCGAGGUCUCAGCUCCUCUCGAGUCCCCGAGGUCUCAGCUCCUCUCGAGUCCCCGAGGUCUCAGCUCCUCUCGAGUCCCCGAGGUCUCAGCUCCUCUCGAGUCCCCGAGGUCUCAGCUCCUCUCGAGUCCCCGAGGUCUCAGCUCCUCUCGAGUCCCCGAGGUCUCAGCUCCUCUCGAGUCCCCGAGGUCUCAGCUCCUCUCGAGUCCCCGAGGUCUCUCAGCUCCUCUCGAGUCCCCGAGGUCUCAGCUCCUCUCGAGUCCCCGAGGUCUCAGCUCCUCUCGAGUCCCCGAGGUCUCAGCUCCUCUCGAGUCCCCGAGGUCUCAGCUCCUCUCGAGUCCCCGAGUUCUAAAGUGGACCUCGGUGAGUCCUGUUCUAAAGUGGACCUUGGUGAGUCCAGUUCUAAAGUGGACCUCGGUGAGUCCAGUUCUAAAGUGGACCUCGGUGAGUCCAGUUCUAAAGUGGACCUCGGUGAGUCCAGUUCUAAAGUGGACCUUGGUGAGUCCAGUUCUAAAGUGGACCUCGGUGAGUCCUGUUCUAAAGUGGACCUCGGUGAGUCCAGUUCUAAAGUGGACCUCGGUGAGUCCAGUUCUAAAGUGGACCUCGGUGAGUCCAGUUCUAAAGUGGACCUCGGUGAGUCCAGUUCUAAAGUGGACCUCGGUGAGUCCAGUUCUAAAGUGGACCUCGGUGAGUCCAGUUCUAAAGUGGACCUCGGUGAGUCCUGUUCUAAAGUGGACCUCGGUGAGUCCAGUUCUAAAGUGGACCUCGGUGAGUCCUGUUCUAAAGUGGACUUCGGUGGGUCCAGUUCUAAAGUGGACCUCAGUGAGUCCUGUUCUAAAGUGGACCUCGGUGAGUCCUGUUCUAAAGUGGACCUCGGUGAGUCCUGUUCUAAAGUGGACCUCGGUGAGUCCAGUUCUAAAGUGGACCUCGGUGAGUCCAGUUCUAAAGUGGACCUCGGUGAGUCCUGUUCUAAAGUGGACCUCGGUGAGUCCUGUUCUAAAGUGGACCUCGGUGAGUCCUGUUCUAAAGUGGACCUCGGUGAGUCCUGUUCUAAAGUGGACCUCGGUGAGUCCUGUUCUAAAGUGGACCUCGGUGAGUCCAGUUCUAAAGUGGACCGCGGCGAGUCCUGUUCUAAAGUGGACCUCGGUGAGUCCUGUUCUAAAGUGGACGUCGGUGAGUCCAGUUCUAAAGUGGACCGCGGCGAGUCCUGUUCUAAAGUGGACCUCGGUGAGUCCUGUUCUAAAGUGGACCUCCGUGAGCCCAGUUCUAAAGUGGACCUCGGUGAGUCCUGUUCUAAAGUGGACCUUGGUGAGUCCAGUUCUAAAGUGGACCUCGGUGAGUCCAGUUCUAAAGUGGACCUCGGUGAGUCCAGUUCUAAAGUGGACCUCGGUGAGUCCUGUUCUAAAGUGGACCUCGGUGAGUCCAGUUCUAAAGUGGACCUCGGUGAGUCCUGUUCUAAAGUGGACUUCGGUGGGUCCAGUUCUAAAGUGGACCUCAGUGAGUCCUGUUCUAAAGUGGACCUCCGUGAGCCCAGUUCUAAAGUGGACCUCGGUGAGUCCUGUUCUAAAGUGGACCUUGGUGAGUCCAGUUCUAAAGUGGACCUCGGUGAGUCCAGUUCUAAAGUGGACCUCGGUGAGUCCAGUUCUAAAGUGGACCUCGGUGAGUCCUGUUCUAAAGUGGACCUCGGUGAGUCCAGUUCUAAAGUGGACCUCGGUGAGUCCUGUUCUAAAGUGGACUUCGGUGGGUCCAGUUCUAAAGUGGACCUCGGUGAGUCCAGUUCUAAAGUGGACCUCGGUGAGUCCAGUUCUAAAGUGGACCUCGGUGAGUCCUGUUCUAAAGUGGACCUCGGUGAGUCCAGUUCUAAAGUGGACCUCAGUGAGUCCAGUUCUAAAGUGGACCUCGGUGAGUCCUGUUCUAAAGUGGACCUCGGUGAGUCCUGUUCUAAAGUGGACCUCGUGGACCUCGGUGAGUCCAGUUCUAAAGUGGACCGCGGCGAGUCCUGUUCUAAAGUGGACCUCGGUGAGUCCUGUUCUAAAGUGGACGUCGGUGAGUCCAGUUCUAAAGUGGACCGCGGCGAGUCCUGUUCUAAAGUGGACCUCGGUGAGUCCUGUUCUAAAGUGGACGUCGGUGAGUCCAGUUCUAAAGUGGACCUCGGUGAGUCCUGUUCUAAAGUGGACCUCGGUGAGUCCUGUUCUAAAGUGGACUUCGGUGGGUCCAGUUCUAAAGUGGACCGCGGCGAGUCCUGUUCUAAAGUGGACCUCAGUGAGUCCUGUUCUAAAGUGGACCUCCGUGAGCCCAGUUCUAAAGUGGACCUCGGUGAGUCCUGUUCUAAAGUGGACCUUGGUGAGUCCAGUUCUAAAGUGGACCUCGGUGAGUCCAGUUCUAAAGUGGACCUCGGUGAGUCCAGUUCUAAAGUGGACCUCGGUGAGUCCUGUUCUAAAGUGGACCUCGGUGAGUCCAGUUCUAAAGUGGACCUCGGUGAGUCCUGUUCUAAAGUGGACUUCGGUGGGUCCAGUUCUAAAGUGGACCUCAGUGAGUCCUGUUCUAAAGUGGACCUCCGUGAGCCCAGUUCUAAAGUGGACCUCGGUGAGUCCUGUUCUAAAGUGGACCUUGGUGAGUCCAGUUCUAAAGUGGACCUCGGUGAGUCCAGUUCUAAAGUGGACCUCGGUGAGUCCAGUUCUAAAGUGGACCUCGGUGAGUCCUGUUCUAAAGUGGACCUCGGUGAGUCCAGUUCUAAAGUGGACCUCGGUGAGUCCUGUUCUAAAGUGGACUUCGGUGGGUCCAGUUCUAAAGUGGACCUCGGUGAGUCCAGUUCUAAAGUGGACCUCGGUGAGUCCUGUUCUAAAGUGGACUUCGGUGGGUCCAGUUCUAAAGUGGACCUCGGUGAGUCCAGUUCUAAAGUGGACCUCGGUGAGUCCUGUUCUAAAGUGGACCUCGGUGAGUCCAGUUCUAAAGUGGACCUCUGUGAGUCCAGUUCUAAAGUGGACCUCGGUGAGUCCUGUUCUAAAGUGGACCUCGGUGAGUCCUGUUCUAAAGUGGACCUCGGUGAGUCCUGUUCUAAAGUGGACCUCGGUGAGUCCUGUUCUAAAGUGGACCUCGGUGAGUCCUGUUCUAAAGUGGACGUCGGUGAGUCCAGUUCUAAAGUGGACCUCGGUGAGUCCAGUUCUAAAGUGGACCGCGGCGAGUCCUGUUCUAAAGUGGACCUCGGUGAGUCCUGUUCUAAAGUGGACGUCGGUGAGUCCAGUUCUAAAGUGGACCGCGGCGAGUCCUGUUCUAAAGUGGACCUCGGUGAGUCCUGUUCUAAAGUGGACGUCGGUGAGUCCAGUUCUAAAGUGGACCUCGGUGAGUCCAGUUCUAAAGUGGACCUCGGUGAGUCCAGUUCUAAAGUGGACCGCGGUGAGUCCAGUUCUAAAGUGGACCUCGGUGAGUCCUGUUCUAAAGUGGACCUCGGUGAGUCCAGUUCUAAAGUGGACCUCGGUGAGUCCAGUUCUAAAGUGGACCUCGGUGAGUCCAGUUCUAAAGUGGACCUCGGUGAGUCCAGUUCUAAAGUGGACCUCGGUGCGUCCUGUUCUAAAGUGGACCUCGGUGAGUCCUGUUCUAAAGUGAACCUCGGUGAGUCCUGUUCUAAAGUGGACCUCGGUGAGUCCUGUUCUAAAGUGGACCUCGGUGAGUCCUGUUCUAAAGUGGACCUCGGUGAGUCCUGUUCUAAAGUGAACCUCGGUGAGUCCUGUUCUAAAGUGAACCUCGGUGAGUCCUGUUCUAAAGUGGACCUCGGUGAGUCCUGUUCUAAAGUGAACCUCGGUGAGUCCUGUUCUAAAGUGGACCUCGGUGAGUCCAGUUCUAAAGUGGACCUCGGUGAGUCUUGUUCUAAAGUGGACCUCGGUGAGUCCUGUUCUAAAGUGGACCUCGGUGAGUCCAGUUCUAAAGUGGACCUCGGUGAGUCCUGUUCUAAAGUGGACCUCGGUGAGUCCAGUUCUAAAGUGGACCUCGGUGAGUCCAGUUCUAAAGUGGACCGCGGUGAGUCCAGUUCUAAAGUGGACCUCGGUGAGUCCAGUUCUAAAGUGGACCACGGUGAGUCCUGUUCUAAAGUGGACCUCGGUGAGUCCUGUUCUAAAGUGAACCUCGGUGAGUCCUGUUCUAAAGUGGACCUCGGUGAGUCCAGUUCUAAAGUGGACCUCGGUGAGUCCUGUUCUAAAGUGGACCUCGGUGAGUCCAGUUCUAAAGUGGACCUCGGUGAGUCCAGUUCUAAAGUGGACCUCGGUGAGUCCAGUUCUAAAGUGGACCGCGGUGAGUCCAGUUCUAAAGUGGACCUCGGUGAAUCCAUUUCUAAAGUGGACCUCGGUGAGUCCUGUUCUAAAGUGGACCUCGGUGAGUCCAGUUCUAAAGUGGACCUCGGUGAGUCCAGUUCUAAAGUGGACCGCGGUGAGUCCAGUUCUAAAGUGGACCUCGGUGAAUCCAUUUCUAAAGUGGACCUCGGUGAGUCCUGUUCUAAAGUGGACCUCGGUGAGUCCAGUUCUAAAGUGGACCUCGGUGCGUCCUGUUCUAAAGUGGACCUCGGUGAGUCCUGUUCUAAAGUGAACCUCGGUGAGUCCUGUUCUAAAGUGGACCUCGGUGAGUCCAGUUCUAAAGUGGACCUCGGUGCGUCCUGUUCUAAAGUGGACCUCGGUGAGUCCUGUUCUAAAGUGGACGUCGGUGAGUCCAGUUCUAAAGUGGACCUCGGUGAGUCCAGUUCUAAAGUGGACCGCGGCGAGUCCUGUUCUAAAGUGGACCUCGGUGAGUCCUGUUCUAAAGUGGACGUCGGUGAGUCCAGUUCUAAAGUGGACCUCGGUGAGUCCUGUUCUAAAGUGGACCUCGGUGAGUCCAGUUCUAAAGUGGACCUCGGUGAGUCCAGUUCUAAAGUGGACCGCGGUGAGUCCAGUUCUAAAGUGGACCUCGGUGAGUCCAGUUCUAAAGUGGACCUCGGUGAGUCCUGUUCUAAAGUGGACCUCGGUGAGUCCUGUUCUAAAGUGAACCUCGGUGAGUCCUGUUCUAAAGUGGACCUCGGUGAGUCCAGUUCUAAAGUGGACCUCGGUGAGUCCUGUUCUAAAGUGGACCUCGGUGAGUCCAGUUCUAAAGUGGACCUCGGUGAGUCCAGUUCUAAAGUGGACCGCGGUGAGUCCAGUUCUAAAGUGGACCUCGGUGAAUCCAUUUCUAAAGUGGACCUCGGUGAGUCCUGUUCUAAAGUGGACCUCGGUGAGUCCAGUUCUAAAGUGGACCUCGGUGAGUCCAGUUCUAAAGUGGACCGCGGUGAGUCCAGUUCUAAAGUGGACCUCGGUGAAUCCAUUUCUAAAGUGGACCUCGGUGAGUCCUGUUCUAAAGUGGACCUCGGUGAGUCCAGUUCUAAAGUGGACCUCGGUGCGUCCUGUUCUAAAGUGGACCUCGGUGAGUCCUGUUCUAAAGUGAACCUCGGUGAGUCCUGUUCUAAAGUGGACCUCGGUGAGUCCUGUUCUAAAGUGGACCUUGGUGAGUCUUGUUCUAAAGUGGACCUCGGUGAGUCCUGUUCUAAAGUGGACCUCGGUGAGUCCAGUUCUAAAGUGGACCUCGGUGAGUCCUGUUCUAAAGUGGACCUCGGUGAGUCCAGUUCUAAAGUGGACCUCGGUGAGUCCAGUUCUAAAGUGGACCGCGGUGAGUCCAGUUCUAAAGUGGACCUCGGUGAGUCCAGUUCUAAAGUGGACCACGGUGAGUCCUGUUCUAAAGUGGACCUCGGUGAGUCCUGUUCUAAAGUGAACCUCGGUGAGUCCUGUUCUAAAGUGGACCUCGGUGAGUCCAGUUCUAAAGUGGACCUCGGUGAGUCCUGUUCUAAAGUGGACCUCGGUGAGUCCAGUUCUAAAGUGGACCUCGGUGAGUCCAGUUCUAAAGUGGACCGCGGUGAGUCCAGUUCUAAAGUGGACCUCGGUGAAUCCAUUUCUAAAGUGGACCUCGGUGAGUCCUGUUCUAAAGUGGACCUCGGUGAGUCCAGUUCUAAAGUGGACCUCGGUGAGUCCAGUUCUAAAGUGGACCGCGGUGAGUCCAGUUCUAAAGUGGACCUCGGUGAAUCCAUUUCUAAAGUGGACCUCGGUGAGUCCUGUUCUAAAGUGGACCUCGGUGAGUCCAGUUCUAAAGUGGACCUCGGUGAGUCCUGUUCUAAAGUGGACCUCGGUGAGUCCUGUUCUAAAGUGGACCUCGGUGAGUCCAGUUCUAAAGUGGACCGCGGUGAGUCCAGUUCUAAAGUGGACCUCGGUGAAUCCAUUUCUAAAGUGGACCUCGGUGAGUCCUGUUCUAAAGUGGACCUCGGUGAGUCCAGUUCUAAAGUGGACCUCGGUGAGUCCUGUUCUAAAGUGGACCUCGGUGAGUCCUGUUCUAAAGUGGACCUCGGUGAGUCCAGCCUCUCACUGCAGUUCCUCCAAGUGUCUGUAGGGGGCAGCAGUUAG